AUGGAAGAAUGGGCCAAAAUCCCUCUAGAGACCUGUGCCAACCUAGUCAAGAACUACUCUAAGAGGUUGCUGUCAGUUGUGGCUCAGAAAGGCCACAUCACGUCUACCGCAGUCAUUCUACCGGUUUUUAAACCUACAGUCCCAGUGAGGUUGGGGGUCCCGGGGCAGAGGAGGUGUAGGCGGUCGGUCAGGGGGAGUUUCUCCCACUCUCGCUCCCUUUCCCUGCACCCAGCUCAGCAUGCCCCAGCCCCUGAGCACCUCCACAGCUCUCCCAGCUCCACUACCAUGUGUAGAUGGACAGUGACACAAGGUGCACCGCACGCCUGGUCCUCCACCUGCCCCCGCUACAGACCCCCCUCUCUCAUCCUCUCCUUCACCUUCCUCCUCCUGCUUCUCCUGCUCGGAACCUCUUCCUCCGCACCCCUGUCCGCUUCAUCACCAGACUCUGAGAAGCACCACAAUGCAGCGAGAGGGGCUCCUCCUCACAUCUUCAUCUCACAUGCGCCAACUUCCUCGUCACCCUCACCGCUGCACGCAUCCUCUGCGAGGUUGCCCCGGGCGACCAAUGUGUCAUCGUCCUCCGCGACAGUUAUCGGGCGCCACGUGCGGAGCAGCUACAACCAUCUUCAAGGGGACGUGCGCAGAAGGAAACUGUUCUCCUUCCAGAAAUUCUUCCUCCGCAUUGAUAGAAAAGGAAAAGUUAAUGGCACCAAAAGUGAGGACGACCCAUACAGUAUGCUGGAGAUCAAGUCAGUGGAUGUGGGAGUCGUGGCCAUCAGGGGCCUCAGCAGCAACUACUACCUGGCAAUCAGCAAGAAGGGAGAGCUAUACGGAGCAAGGGACUAUGGUCCGGACUGCCGUCUAAUUGAACGCAUCGAGGAGAACAAGUACAACACCUACGCUUCAGCAGAGUGGCGCAACAAGAAGAAGCACAUGUUUGUGGGACUGAACGCCAACGGCAAGCCAAUGAGAGGGAAGAAAACACGGAGGAAAAACACUGCCACUCACUUCCUGCCCAUUGUGGUACAACCACGAUGAUUGGACAUAUCAGCCAUGAGAGAGCUCUGCACACUGCAGUGAUCAGACUUUUCUGGAGUUACAUCGAUGGCUACAUUGGACAGGUCUGAAUCAGAUCUGAAUGAUGCACUGAGGAGGGAACGAGCGGAAACAUAUGGACAUUUUAUCUCUGUUGGAAAAAGACAUUUCUAUUUUUAAAGAAAGAAAUAAGAUAUAUUGCUAUACAAUGUAUAUAUUAUUUUCUGUUUUAAGUUAUCAAGUACAUUGGCACAGUAGAAAAUAUGAAAGAAAUGACUUCUGUGCCAACAUUGGAUUAGUAACUCACAUUUCUCGAUUUGUGUCUAUGUGAAAUGCUUGACUGGGAAGAAGUGAAAUGACUAAAUAUGUAAGAGAGGAAAAGUAAAGAAGUAUUAAAGGAAAGCUGACGGCAAAGGAAAGGAUAAGAAAGGAAGAAAUGAUGAGAUGAGGAUGAGAAAGAAUAGGAGGGAAGAAGCACCAACACAAGUCUAACACUAUCAUGUUCUUUUCUUUACAUUUAUUUAUUUUGUGUAAUAUUUAACAAAAAAAGAUCAAAAACACAAUAAUGACAAAUUAUUGUCUUUUUACCAUUUAUGCUUCUCU